AUGGAUGGCACUCAUUGUACGGUUAUGGUAGCUGGUGGCGAGGCAGCUCGAUUUUAUAACAGGCAUUCACAAACAAGCAUUAAUGUUUUGGCGAUAUGCAACUAUGAUAUGUUAUUCACUUACAUAUUUGUAGGAUGUCCUGGAUCAGUACAUGACGCUAGAGUUUUGUCUUAUGCAAUGGAGCGUGAUUCAACUUUUCCAACUCCUCCGCCAUCCAAGUAUUAUCUCGUAGAUUCCGGUUACGCUAAUACAAGAGGAUAUUUAGCUCCAUUUAGAGGUCAUAGGUAUCAUUUGCCACAUUUUCAAGUUGGCUCCCCACCUAGAGGUGAAGAAGAGUUGUUUAAUCGGUGGCAUUCUUCACUCCGCUCAGUGAUUGAACGAACAUUUGGAGUUUGGAAGAAAAAAUGGAGGAUUUUAUCAGAGUUUCCAGAUAUGGGGUCGAAAUUCAAAACAAUAUAA